AGAGACAGCGCGGGCCCGUCUGAUGUGUGUCGCUGUUAAAGUCGCCGUUUUACCGCCAUGAGCCGUCCGUCCUCAGCAGGGGGAGCGGCUGGAGGGGGGCUCGGAGCCGGGAAAGCGGGAGGAAACAAGCACGGAGGCUCGGGAGGAGGUGGUGGAGGUGUUGGAGGAGGAGGAGGAGGAGCGGCGGCGGCGGUAGCAGCAGCAGCAGCCGGGGUGUCGGGCUCGGUGGCCGGCUCGGUCCCCACGGUGGCCGCGGUGGCCCUGCCGCACUCCGCCCUGGCCGGCCAGUCCGCCGAGCUCACCGCGCUCUUCGAGUGUCCCGUCUGCUUCGACUACGUGCUGCCGCCGAUCCUGCAGUGCCAGGCCGGACACCUGGUGUGUAACCAGUGCCGACAGAAGCUGAGCUGCUGCCCGACAUGCCGCGGGCCGCUGACCCCCAGCAUCAGGAACCUGGCCAUGGAGAAGGUCGCGUCCACACUCCCGUUCCCCUGUAAGUAUGCUUCAGCGGGCUGCAUGCUGUCGCUCCACCACAGUGAGAAGCCCGAGCACGAGGAGGUUUGCGAGUUCCGGCCGUACACCUGCCCCUGCCCGGGCGCUUCUUGCAAGUGGCAGGGCUCCCUGGAGGCGGUCAUGCCCCACCUCAUGCACGCCCACAAAUCCAUCACCACGCUGCAAGGCGAGGACAUCGUCUUCCUGGCGACGGACAUCAACCUCCCUGGCGCAGUGGACUGGGUCAUGAUGCAGUCCUGCUUCGGACACCACUUUAUGCUGGUGCUGGAGAAGCAAGAGAAGUACGAGGGCCACCAGCAGUUCUUUGCGAUCGUGCUCCUCAUCGGGACUCGCAAACAGGCUGAGAACUUUGCCUACCGCCUCGAGCUGAACGGCAACCGCAGGCGGCUGACGUGGGAAGCCACGCCGCGGUCCAUUCACGACGGAGUAGCCGCCGCCAUCAUGAACAGCGACUGCCUCGUCUUCGACACCUCUAUCGCUCACCUGUUCGCGGACAGUGGCAACCUGGGCAUUAAUGUCACCAUCUCCAUGUGCUGAGGUUUCAGACUUUCCCGGGACUGACAAGGAUGGGGACGGAGUUUCAGGAAAUGACCCGUUCGGGGGAAUUAAAAAAAUUGUACCUUGCACCUCGGGUCGCGGAAGGUACGGAGCGUGGCUCGGUCUACAAACGGGACAUCUACAGUCUACAGGCUGUUUUUUGUUUUUUUGUUUUUUUAUACGAAAAUCGUAGCACGGCUGCUUCGCACGAUGACACGCGUGUGAUGUGAGAUUUUGCACUGACUUUUCCCGAAAUCGAAUCAUGACUGUGUAGAAGGUUGCAAGAUGCUAAGCGUGUGCAGGUCCCAUUGACAAAAAAAAACAAACAAUAAAGUAAAAUAAAGUAAACUUGCAACUUCACUGCACCAGGUUCUGUCAGGCAAAUGCAUGACUGUUUGUUUUAGGUUUUUUUGUUUGUUUGUUUUGGUUUUUUUUACGUUUUUCUAAAUGUCUGUUCCUUCUUAGAUCACCACCACCAAUUAAUCCUGGAAGCUUCGUCUGGGGGUGGGUGAACAAUGUCUUGGCGGAUCUCGGGUUGGCACCAAACCAGAGCCAAGAAUUUCAACAUGGUUAAUCGAAACGAAAAUAAACAAAAUACGACCAAUCACGCUAAUCCCCUUUUCAAAUGUCACUAAAACAAAUCUCCUCCUGUAUAACUGUACGUUCGAAUUUCCUCGUAUACUUGAAUGUUUUCUAACUGUGGUACUCCGGGCUCGGUACCGCUCGUCGUCCGGUUCCUCACGACUGCAUGUAAAAACCGCACGAGCCUGCAUGCUACGGUACGAUUAAAGGUACGAGCGACUGCUAACUGCGCCACAUGGGAGCGGUUCAGGGUUUCGGCAUCGCCCCCUCUUUUUUUUUUUUUUUUUAGUGAUCAAGAUGAUGCAGUUUGUAAAAAUCCCUCUUAAAAACUAAACAAAAAGAAACAAACAAAAAAAAAAAACCAAGGUUUGCCGUGUGCUCUGGUCAGUCCAGUAUCUUUGAAAACGGGCUCGAUUUGUUUGUGCUUCUGCUCUUCUUUUUAAAACUGCAGCUCUGAGAGAUUAUUUUGGAUUUUUGGGGGGUGGAAAUGUAUUGUUUUUUUAACUUUAUUUUUUAAUUUAUUAUAAUUUUUUUUAACACUUCCUCGGUAAAUCCACCUUGCAGCGCCUUAGGUCUCUACGACUCGACCUUUCAGAGCUCGUGCUGAAUUUCAGGUCUGUCAUCCAGAACUCUUUAAUUAAUAGAGCCUUAUACAUUAACGGCAUUAUGAGGGAAAAAAAAAUUAUUGUGAAAACUGCUUUAUAUAAAACCUCCAGAACACACACACACAUAAACACACACACAACCCGACACCUCUACACGAAUACCUCCGAUGUCCAAGACGUCCGUAAGUGGACCGUGUCGAUCCUCUGGACCCUGGUGGUCUUCAGUUCUAUUAAAAAAAUUAUAAAAAAAACAACAAAAGCCUGAUUUUAUUUUUCCCCUUAGCUUCUCUUUUCGUCUUUCUUAUUUAAAUACGUAAACGUCGAUCCCGUUUCCUUUGUGCCUUUUGCAUUAAUGUGAUGGGAUUUCUGUGCGUCGUGUUAGAAAUGUUAUAUGUAUUCUCGCCUCACUUAAAUCAGAGUCCGCUUUUCCCAGUAAUCACCCGGUUGUCAUGGCAACUCGACAUCCUCAUUAGAUCGAGCGUGGACGUGGCGUUUCAGACGUUAAUGCCACACACACACACAGACACAAACAUGAAAUCACUAAAUUACACAAAACAUCCCCUGGUGAUGAAUUUCAAGCAUUUUGGAUCCAUUUUGUACAAAAAUAAAUAAAUAAAUAAAUGAGACUCAUUAGGGCUGGCCGAUACGACAAAACGUCAAGGCACGAUAUGUGAAAGUAUUUCUUGAUAUGAUAAUUUAUGUCUAAAAUAAUGUUUUAAACAUUUUUUUUCUUUUAUAAAUGGGGCAGGGGCAAUUCUAAUAAUGCUAAUGAGUCCCAAUAUAUGUUAAAAAAUUCUAAUAAUUUUUAAAAAAAAAUUUUUUAUUUAGUACAUUUGAACAUCACAUGAACCAUUUUGUAGUUAUUUAAUAUCAAGACUAUAGCGGGAAAUCCGACCCUCCGUCUCCCACGAUAGCCGUUUCACAAAUGUAGCAAAGAAAAGCAGGUCUUGUGUCAGAUUGAGCUUGUUGUACUCACACUGGUGUUUCUUGUGGGCAUGAAGCUUGUGCAGGAGACAACGUCAGGACGCGUGACGCCUCUUCUCUGGCGUUUGUACGGUUUACAGACACCGAGUUUAAGACAGCGUAGAGUCCAGAAGACAGGAAACCGAAAGACGAUCAAGGCCGGGGAGAAAAGUUUGAUACUUGGUAACGCAGAGUUAUUUAUAAAGUGUUGUAUGUGACACGAUAAGACACAGUACAUAAGAAAAUCAAUAAUCACUAGCUGGUGUUUUUUCACCGCUAGUCUCGCUAGUGAUUACAAACAACAAGUUGAAAUAAAAAAAAUUUCAACCCUGGUGUCUAAGUGCUGUUGCGAGCUUUUCCAGGUCGUGCUGAUUGAAAUCGUUAACAGAACUUUUAAUUUCCUUUAUUUUAUUAUUAUUUAUCUUUUUUGGAUAAUCAGAUUUCAGAUAAACUGAUUUUAAUGCGAUCAUGCAGAAACCGUCUACAGCCACCUUUAGGUUAAUAACGAGACGAUGCUCUGCGGGUGGGCGUGUCUGUUAGACGUAUCGAUCGAUUAAGACGUGUUUAACCGAAGUGACCUACACAUCCAGGAGUGUGAUUAAAAUCAUGGGUUUAUGAUUCAUGGACAAAAAAAAAAAAAACCUAAUUUGUGCAUUUUGCUUUAGUUAUCUCUCAUGAUCGAUAGAUGGAUAGAAAAAGAUAGAAAGGCUUCAGUGACUGAACGAGACAAUUAGAAGGACGAAAAACCUCGCGCCUAUUUGGGUUUUCUUUGUUUCCUCCCUUUAAGCUGCCAACACACUUUCACCCAGCCUACUUUUUUAACCCCCGACACGACACGACACGACACACACACACACACAGAAGAGCGUAACGAACUGGACUGCGGCUCUGAAUAAAUUCAUGUUGAUGAAGGCAGCAGGUGGCGUGAUGAUGAGAAACCCCUCGCUGCGGUUCGAAACCAAGGCAUCAAUAUUCAGUGGCUGGAUCUCCGCUAAUCAACUGGCGGAAAUUGAAAAACUUUAAUUGGAGAUUCGGGGUAGAAAUGGCAAAUUGUCAUGAGCAACCAGCCAAUCAGAUUCCUCAUAGAGAAUUGUUUGUUUAAAGCAGACACAACAAACUGAAAAAUUAUAAUAAUAACAACAGGGGUUAUAUAAUAAUGGAAAUGUCAUAUGAUUCUUGAAGAAUUUUUUUAACGAGAUACAUCGCGAUACAUAAUACAGACUUGCUCACAAACUCUGCACAUGGCUUUAUUUUACAGGUAAUUUUUUUUUUUUAUAAAUGUCUCAUCCAUGGACAAGUGGACGAUACGUUUUGUUGCUUUUAAAAUAUAUAUUUAUAUUACAUAUUUAUAAUUUUUUUGCCAUUUUAAAGAAAGUAAAAAUUGUAGCAGCAACCACUUCCACUAUUUUUUAUUUACCUAAGCGUUUAAUUAUUAAAAAAAAAAAAAAAACUCAC